AAGGACCAGUCCCAAUGCUGCCUUUAUAGUGGGCGGCUUCCCACUCCUGGGCACCAGUCUCAGACUCCUCUGCGACAUCGUCAGCCAUGGCUUCCAAGUACUCCAUGAUCGUGUUGGCCCUCAGCGCCUGCUGCCUCAUGGCCGCUGUCUCGGCGAGUGCGAUUGGAAAGAAGGUUGCCGCUGAAGGUCGCUGCAACACAAGGGUGGUGAACAACCUGGAAGACACGAUCAAGCUCUGCACCCGCAACGUGCCCGCCCAGCAGUUCGCCGAGCCCAGUUGGCAGUGUGCCCGCACCGUGUCCGGCUGGCUGGCGGAGGACGACGAGUGCGACUUGAGCGUCGUUCCCGACUACCUGGAAGACUGCCUGUGGGGCUACGGCUUCCUCCGCGAACGCUCCAUCAGGCCGGCCGUCAAGUGCAUCAAGAACGCCAUCGAGUCCGAAAUCUGCUGUUGAGUGGAGCUCGCAAUUAUCAUGAAUAAACAUUCUUGAAAUGA